CUCAAAGUAGCGGCAGCAAGUAAAUAAUAACGAGGAUGUUACGUUCGGGUUAAAUAAGAUGACCCAACGUAUCUAGUAGAGUAGAUGCAUAUUACAAUAGCUUGAUCCAAGGUGUUCCUCGAGAAUGAGCCACAUCGUAAUCGUACGUGCCUUCAAGCCGGGCGACGAGACCGGCUGCAAGAAAUUAAUCAGAGACUGCGUGAUGUCGUCCCUAGGUGCCACGUUCUGCGGGAUGUUGUUUAAGGAAAUAACAUUUCAGUUGAUUAUUCUGUUGUCCGCGAUAAUGUUCAUUUUCUUCGGGAUGCCGUUAACUGUCUGCCUCUUGGUUGUACCUGUAGUCAUAGCAUUGAUAUAUGUUGGAACGUACGCCACUUUCGCUGCAAAGCUAACGGAGAUCAACGGAGAGGUGACUAACAUUCCGAGACUUUACAUGUCGAACGCCUUCUCCUGCUUCUGGGUUGCUGAGGCGUUUGAGCCUUACCUGAUGACACAACAGCCUAAGGAGGUUCAUUAUACUGUAAUGAGGGAAGAACAAUUUUAUCAAGCCAAGUUAAAUGUCUCCUUACAGACCAAGAAAAUAGUAGGAACUGUCGGUUUAUGCAAGAGUUACAGGUUAGACAGAAGUGCGUGGAUAAAGAGGCUGUGCGUGCACGAGCGAUAUAGGAGAAAAGGUAUAGCAUCGUGCCUGCUCAACGAUGCUGUACAAUUUGCAAUCGACGCAGGGUACAGCUGUGCUAAUAUAGUAGCUUCCGAAUACACAGAAGAGGGUAGAGAAUUGUGCUUUAAAAAGGGGUUCGAACUUAAACAAAUGUAUCACAAGUCUAUCCUAGGAUCGUAUAUGACGAUAUUAAUGUAUGAAUUAACAUAUCAGAUCAAACCGACGGAGGACGAUUACUCACCUAGAUUGGAUUUUGAAAAAACAUUCUUAACUCAAUUCUAACGAUAUAUUUUUAUA